UCUCAAUCCUUAUUCAAUACCCCAAGCAAAUUUGACUUUCACUACUCAGAUCUCUAGAAAACUCAGAAAAGAGAGAAUCCAUGGCUCCCAAAGCAGCAGAGAAGAAGCCCGCCGAGAAGAAGCCGGCCGAGAAAGCUCCCGCGGCGGAGAAGAAACCAAAGGCCGGGAAGAAGCUCCCGAAGGACCCCUCCGCCGCCGUCGCCGGAGACAAGAAGAAGAAGCGGUCGAAGAAGAGCGUGGAGACGUACAAGAUCUACAUCUUCAAGGUGCUGAAGCAGGUCCACCCAGACAUCGGGAUCUCGAGCAAGGCCAUGGGGAUCAUGAACAGCUUCAUCAACGACAUCUUCGAGAAGCUAGCCGGAGAGUCUUCAAAGCUCGCGAGGUACAACAAGAAGCCGACGAUCACUUCCAGGGAGAUCCAGACGGCGGUUAGACUCGUGUUGCCUGGAGAGUUGGCGAAGCACGCUGUUUCUGAAGGGACCAAGGCCGUCACGAAAUUCACCAGCUCCUGAACUUUGAUUUAGUUUUCCUUUUUCUUUAAAAAAAAUCUGGAAUGUCUGGAUUAGGGUUUGUAGAAUUUCAUUUCUUGCGAUUGUAAUCUCGUCUUUUUUUUGUAAGUACGUUUGAAAUCUACGUUGAAUCAUUGUGUGUCCUAAUCAUAUGCUUUGAGAUUGAAAUAUCCUCUACUCUUAAUGAAGUUUUUUUAUUCA